UUUUUUUUUUCUUCACUGCCACUCUCUGCCUACAAUUUCUCUUCCUUUUAUCUCUCUCUGCCAUUUGUUUACAAACUAACUUCCAUAAUCCCUCUUAAUACAACACCUAAUCACUUCUAAAUCUCAUUUUAUCAACUCUUAAUCUCACAAUUAUCCAAAGAAAGAUCACUUUUUUAAGCAAUAAGAAUCAUAAAAGAGUGAUCUUUAUUGUAUUUUCUUGAUUUGGGUUUAUACUUUAUAGCAAUCUUGGAUCACUUUUUAGUCUUGAAAGGACAAAAAAGUGAUCUUUUUUUAUCUUUUUGGGUAUUUUCUUGUUCUUGGGUCUGUAGUAUUUUGGGGAUUUGAAGUGAAAAAAAAUGGUUGUUAAGUUGAUGAAGUGGAUGCCAUGGCCUCCACUUUUAUUAUCUAAGAAAUUUGAGGCUAAGAUUACUGUAAAUUGUAUUAAAGGUUUCAACUUUUUGUCAGAAAAGCAUGUGGGGGUCCAAGAUUUUGAUAGAUUGAGAGUUGGAAUUAAGUGGAAGGGAUCAACAAAGGGGAUUUCUUUGAAUUUGAGCUCUUUUACUCGGAAAAGUGUACAGAAGAAUUUUACAAAAGAAGAGUGUUUAAAGGAAGAUGAGGGGAUUGUUGAAUGGAAUGAGGAAUUUUUAAGUGUUUGUAACUUUUCAGGUUAUAAAGAUGGUGUUUUUCAUCCUUGGGAAGUUGUGUUUACUGUGUUCAAUGGUACAAGCAAAGGAACAGAUCAGAAGGUACCCAUACUUGCUGCUGCGACAUUGAACCUUGCAGACUUUGCUUCAUUAGCUGGAGAAAAAGAAGACGGCAUUGAAAUUUUUGUUCCUUUGGAAGCCUCUGUUGGCAGAUUCAAGAGGUGCCUUUCACUCUGUCUAUCGCUCAACCUUGUGGAAUUGAGGAACACUAACGAAGCUUCAGAGAACAUUCCAAAGUUUAUCAUGUCUGCUCCAGUAUCUCCAAAUCCUGGAAACGUUUUGUUGAUAGACAGAAAUGAGGGUUCUUCUUUAAAAGCAGGUCUGCGGAAAGUUAAAAUUUUCAAGGCAUUAUCUAUUGGGCGACACAAGAAGGUAUCUCAUGAAGAGGAAAGCAGCAGUGAUGGAAGGAACUCAGUCAGAAGUGAGGAUCCCAAUUAUGUUUACCCAGUGGAUACAGAUUCACUUGAUGAUGAUUCAGAAGAAGGAGAACCGGAGAAAGGAAUGGAGGAUACAAGUGUUCAGAAGUCAUUCAGUUAUGAAACACUUGUCUAUGCAAACCAUGCUGGUGGAUCAAUUUGUUCAAUCACAAGCAGCAGCAGCGACGACGAGGAUUUAGUCCACUACAGCCAUCAUAUUUCAGACACAAGGCACAAGUACCCCGAGGAUACAACUGCAGCACUACGAAAUCAAUCUGCAGAGCAGAGUUCUAAACGCAGCAUUAUCCCCUGGAAAAAGAGGAAGUUGAGUUUGAAAUCUUCUAAAACCAAGGGGGAGCCGUUGUUGAAGAAACAUUAUGGAGAGGAUGGUGGAGAUGAUAUAGACUUUGAUCGUCGACAGCUUUGCUCAUCUGAUGAAUCUUCUUCGGGGUGGUACAAAUCUGAGGAAACUUCUCCAAAUCGAUUUUCUAUCUCCGAGUUUGGAGAUGACUGUUUUGCUGUGGGUAGUUGGGAGCAGAAAGAGAUAAUAAGCCGUGAUGGACAAAUGAAGCUGCAGACUCAGAUAUUCUUUGCUUCGAUUGAUCAACGAAGUGAACGAGCUGCUGGUGAAAGCGCUUGUACAGCCUUGGUUGCUGUCAUAGCUGAUUGGUUCCACUGCAAUCCCAAGGAUAUGCCCAUCAAGUCCCAACUUGAUCGUCUUAUCCGGGAAGGCUCACUGCAGUGGAGGAAUCUUUGUGAAAAAAAGACCUACAUGGAACGUUUCCCAGAUAAGCAUUUUGACCUCGAGACAGUCCUGGAGGCGAAAGUGCGUUCACUCUCAGUCGUCUCCGAAAAAUCAUUCAUUGGGUUCUUUCAUCCUGAAGGAAUCGAAGAAGAGGAGGGGUUUGACUUCCUUGAUGGCGCCAUGUCUUUUGACAACAUAUGGGACGAGAUAUCUAAAUCUGCUGAAACCCCCAGUCAUGGCAAGUCCUUUGUUUACAUUGUGAGUUGGAAUGAUCACUUCUUUAUCCUCAAGGUCGAAAAAGAUGCAUACUAUAUCAUCGACACACUGGGCGAGAGGCUUUUUGAGGGUUGUAACCAGGCAUAUAUCCUCAAAUUCGACAAAGACACAACAGUUAUGCGGUUACCUAGUGAGUCUCAACAAUCAGACGAUAAGCCAUCUAGCGAUAGAAAAGAGAAAUCCGAUGUCAAAGAAGCUGCUGAUGAAGGAAAAUUUGUCAUUUCUACCAAUGGCUCCGACAAAAUGCAGGAAGACAUGGUACCUGAAAUCAUUUACAGUGGUAAAGAGGCAUGUAAAGAGUACAUUAAGAGAUUUUUGGCAGCAAUCCCUAUUAGGGAGUUACAAGUUGAUGUAAAGAAAGGAUUGAUGGCAUCGACACCCCUUCAUCAACGGCUACAAAUUGAAUUCCAUUACACAACGAGCUUUGAUCCGAAGUUUGAGUCAUCGUCUACACAAGGACUGACUGCUAACAGUUUGGCCAUACUACCGUCAACAUCAGAGUAAGCAACGAUUAAGCUUUAUGAGUAUAUGCAUAAUGCUAAUCAUUUUAGGAAUUUUGAACAGCUAAUUGCUGUUUAUCGCUCCCUGGAGAGUCCUUUUCUUUUUUUUCUUUCGUAUAUGAGUGUAACUAGCUCGGUAUCUUCUUUGUCUUUUCUUUCUUGUACGGGGGAAAUGAUAAUGUAAAUGACUAUGGAACUGUUCAAGAGUACUCAUUUUUUUAUUCUCUCAAAGAGGGAAGUUGAGUUAAAUGAAUAUAUUAGUUCCACAUUGCUCUUGA